UCCUCCUCCAUCACCUCCUCCAUCACCUCCUCCUCCGCCAUGGUGUCUGUGUGAUGUCAUCACUGUGAUAACUGAAGACGAUAAUCCACGGCGUUGCUGUCCACCGUAUGUAAUCUGUCAUGACUCUGAUCAGCCAAUCAGAGCUCGCCUCUCUCUUCACCCCGCAGACCGCACGGUGAGAACGAGGGAACAGCGGAGCAGGUUUGUUUUGUUCAUCGAGUUCUCAGGAACCCGGAGGAGGAGGAGGAGGGCUGUGGGCGUGGCCAGUGGCAGGUGGAAUUCCCCUGAGCUCGCAGCGUCCUCCCCCGCUCCCCUCCGCAGUAUAAAGCUCCAGGUGCUCCGUCGGGCAGCAGGUGCACCGCCGCUCAGAGACGACAGGAAGUACAGCAGAGCAGCUCUCCGGAUCCCUGUGUCCCAUCGAGCCGCGGCUGCACACAGGCUGCCUCCUCCUCCUCCUCGUCGCUGUCGUCCCUCACAGCUCCUCCAUGGCCUCCCCGUGCCUCAGCAGCAUCUUGACCUGCGCCAACCUCACCAUGUACCAGACGCCCGACAGCCUGCAGAGCGGCGGCUCGCCGUGCGGCAGCGGCCCGUGGUACCGGCACAUCAACCCUCACUGCUGGACGGAGGACGACGUCCUGGAGUGGAUCAGCGACAUCGUGGAGAGCGGCCAGUUCGACGCCAGCAGCCUGAGCCUGGCCUGCUGCACCAUGGACGGCGCCGCGCUCUGCCAGAUGGACCGCCAGGAGGCCGCCGCCCUGUUCGGCCCGCGGCUCGGCCUCCACCUGCACCAGAGUCUGGAGGAGCACAAGAACAAGUUCGAUCUCAUGUCCGGGCCGGAGCUGAACGAGACCUGCCAGCUGCUCGACCACUUCCUGGACAACCUCAACUUCCCUUUGCUCAGCACCAUUCGAUUCGGCCAAGCAGCCGAAGCCGCGGUCAACAAGCGAGAGUUUGACUACACGGAGGACGAGUACAGCUUCGCCAGCCUGACCGCGCAGCCCGACGCGCCUCCGGGGGACGUCGGGUACCUCUCUGACAGCGAGUACAGCUCCUCCUCCAACAGUGGAACGUCCGACUCCUCCGGCCUCGACACGCAGGAGUCCGGCAGCGGCGAAUCGGACCCGGAGUUCUCCUACCCGCUGAUUUCAAAAGCAAACAUCAAAACAGAGAAGGGGGAGUCUCGCCUGAAGCGACCCCGAGGGCGACCCCCCAAGGUCAGCAGGGAGCACGGCGGCUGCAUGUUCGACGCGCCCAAGAAGAACAAACACGCGCCGAGAGGAACUCACCUGUGGGAGUUCAUCAGGGACAUCCUGACCCACCCCGACAGGAACCAGGGCCUGAUGAAGUGGGAGGACCGGCGCGAGGGGGUCUUCAAGUUCCUGAAGUCCGAGGCCGUGGCUCAGAUGUGGGGCCAGAAGAAGAAGAACAGCAGCAUGACCUACGAGAAGCUCAGCCGCGCCAUGAGGUAUUACUACAAGAGGGAGAUCUUGGAGCGAGUCGAUGGCCGAAGGCUCGUUUACAAAUUUGGAAAGAACUCAAGCGGCUGGAAGAUGGAGGACAUCGGCGUAUGAGGCGCCGGCGCCGAGUGGGUGGAAACCAGACCGCCAACGAGAGUAACUAUUACCCAUCGCCUGGCUUGUCUGGACACACUUCUUCUCCCCAUGAUGUUUAAGACACUAACUUCCUCUUAGAAGGAAGGUGUUGCAGAAAAUGUAAGCCAUUGUUUUGGCUCUAGUAGGUUUUAUGAACCAAUAUUAAUGUUGUUGUUGCUCACUGCAGCAGCAGAAUAGUUAUUGUGGUGCAUGCUCGUGCAUUUCUGUGAGCUCAUGGCGGCUGAACCAGCAAACAGGUUGUCGCUGUACGAACGCACGGCGUCUCUUCAGUGAUGUCACCGCCCUCACAGCCGGCGCCAUGCACCACUUCACUGUGUGUUCUGUCAUAUAUGGAUGUAUUAUUCUGGUAAACUGUUUCACACCAAUGGAAAAGAAGUAAUUGACAUUAACACAGUAACAUUGUGCUCUACAUGCAUGUCAUCUAUUUUACAACGUGUAAACACACAACGUGUAAACAAUGCAAAAGGUACAACGUAGUUUCUGAGUAACUAUUGCACAACUUGUAUUCAUCAUUCAUUCAGUUCCACACUUUUGUUGUUAUUGUGUACUUGUGCUUGAUCUAUUUUAGUGUUGUCCACUUUGGAUUGAUAUAUAUAAUAUCAUACAUAUAUAUAUAGAUAAAUAUUAUAUAUAUUUAAUAUCAUAUAUAUAUAUUAAUGUAAUAUAUAUUAUAUAUAUAUAUAAUAUCAUACAUAUAUAUAUAUAUAAAUAUAUUAUAUAUAACUAUUAUAUAUAUAUUAUGUAUGUGUGUGCAGUAAAUCUCCAUUGAUAAUGUCUUCUGAUUAUUGGCAUUGUGUUUUUAUAGUCAUACAUGUUGACCCGUCCAUGCUGUCGUGUGAUUGGUCUGUAACGCUGCAGCUAUCUUUGUUUUCUGUUAUUUCCUUCUGUGUGAAGGAGGAGAACAUUUUGUAGAACUGAACCAUUAAAACCACACAAAACCAUUUCUAA